AUGUUGCGUUUCUAUUUAAGGAUUAUUCCAAAAGAAAUAUGCAAACUUAACAGUAGUUUAUUAUUUAACGCGCAACAAAACAAUAAAUUUUCAUCUUUCAGUGUAAAAUUUCGACAUAACCUCAAACAAAUCAACAAACUAAAUUAUUGUACUGAAGCCAAACAGCACAUAAACGUAGGUACAAUAGGGCACGUAGAUCACGGUAAAACCACUUUAACGGCGGCCAUAACAAAGAUUCUUGAACAAAAGGGGUUCGCAAAGUACACAUCGUACGAUGAAAUCGACAGGGCUCCCGAAGAAAAAGCGAGAGGCAUUACAAUAAACGCUGCUCACAUAGGCUACAGUACAAGCAAACGUACUUACGCUCACACCGAUUGUCCAGGCCAUGCUGAUUUCAUAAAAAAUAUGAUAUCAGGAGUGUCUCAAAUGGACGGGGCUAUUCUAGUUGUAGCAGCCACUGACGGGGAAAUGCCUCAAACCAGAGAACAUUUACUUUUAGCUAAACAAGUGGGCGUCAAGAACAUCAUAGUGUACAUUAACAAAGCCGAUUUAGUCGAUAAUGAGAUGCUGGAGUUGGUUGAAAUUGAAAUUCGAGAAUUACUGGAGAACUUCGGAUUCAACGGUGUGGAGUCCCCUGUGAUAUACGGGUCAGCAUUGGAUGCCUUAAACGAGAAAGAUUCUGAAUAUGGCGUUAAGUCUAUAAUGAAGUUGUUGGAUACUUUAGACAGAUAUAUUCCAGAACCCCAGAGGGAUUUUACUUCACCAUUCAUGCUACCGAUUGACAACUUUUUUACAGUUCCUGGAAGAGGUACUGUAUUAGUCGGUACUAUACUAAAAGGGAGUAUCAAAAAGAACGCCGAAGCUGAAUUGCUGGGUUUCGAUAAUAAAAUCAAAACUUCUGUAUCAGAUAUUCAAGUGUUCAAGAAAAGCGUACCGCAGGCAAUCGCUGGGGAAAAUGUUGGUACUCUUAUACGAAACGUAAAAGUAAAGGACGUAAUGAGAGGGAUGGUUCUAUGUGCUGCUGGUAGUCAAAAAAUUAACAAUCGAUUCAAAGCAAGCAUUUAUUUUCUCUCGAAGGCUGAAGGUGGUAGAUCAAAACCAGUGACUAGUAGAUAUUGCCAGCAGUUGUUCAGUAAAACAUGGAAUAUACCUGUUCGUGUUGAUAUGGUGGAUAACGUGGAUAUGAUAAUGCCUGGUGAACAUGGAUCUGUUUCGUUAACAUUGUUAAAGAAGAUGGUUAUGUUGCCGGGCCAGCAGUUCACAAUUCGAGAAAACAAUGUCACCGUGGGAACAGGUAUAAUCACAGAAGCUCUGCCCAGCAUCAACUUAAUUGGUAGUUUAGGAAAACUGGAAUUGUAG